AUGGCGGCUGUCAACCAGAACAUGUUUGACGCCUGCAUCUCCAACGAUCGGCCGCGGGGAGGCUCGCUAAUGGUCUUGCCAUUGAACUUGAUCGCUCUCAUUGUCUCCUACCUCGAUGAUCCAGGUGAUCUAGCCCGCCUAUGCCGAACAUGUCGCGUGUUGAACUACAUGUCUUUACCCCAGCUCUACAAGAACAUGACUCUGACCUCCUAUGACAAAAUUCGAUACCGCGGGGAAGCGCCCGAAGGGAUGGGCAGUGCCAGUCCCUUUUCCAUGGGUCUCAACGCGGUCAUAACCCGUCCUUUCGCGUCACUUGUACGGCGGUUCACUCUGCGAGGGGAUUGGCGAGAGCUGGAGCUCGAGGAACAUGCGCGAGUGGGUCGGGUACCGGAUUCAUCGAUGAUGAUGAACAUUGCGGUGCGGGCGGCGGUCGAUCGGAUGCCCAACUUGGAGAGCUUCAGCUGGGAACUCAGCACGAAGAUGCUGGAGACCGUGUAUCUGGGGCUGACGCAGUUACCCAAGUUAACGUCUUUAACCGUACGGUUUCCCUCAAAUCGUCACCCUCGGCCCAUGAUCACCAUUCCCGCCAUGCCGCAUUUGCGCUAUCUGAAGAUCACCGACAUUGAUCCCCUGUGCUAUCCGGAUGAUAUAUCGACGCUACUAUGGAAGUCCAAGAAGUUGCGCGAUCUGAAGCUACACUGGUCGCCGCGCAUGAGGACAGCGCAAGAGCCUAGCGUCAUGCUUCACGACUACUUCCGGAAAUGCAUUGCGGCGAAGCAACCACUAUCACUUAAAAACAUUGGUCUUCACAACCUAUACGCUCUGCACACCGAAGAAUUCAAUCUUGCCUUUAACCAGGAAACCGUGGAAAACGUCACGAUCCUCAACAAUGUCGGGGUUGACGACUUGAACUUUAUGAAUACGUUCGUCGACAGUUCCUGGCCGAACAAUCCCCCCCAUAAGCGCAUAAGAAUCAAGAGUCUCCGGCAAGAUUCCUUAUCCAGGCGACAUGCCGAUUUCCUGGGUUCUUUCACCGGGUUAGAAAAAAUAUACUUUGUCAACGUGUCAGCCAAUCCGCAGGAGAAUAUCAACUGCCCCCGGCAGUGGGCGCCCCCGGGGGGCCUCACUCCCCCUUCUCUGGACCAGAACCAUUCCCCCUCGAAUGAGGCGGUGGCCCCAACGCCCGAUUCCAUCCAAUCCGCCGGUAUGCAAACCAGCGUGCGCGACAGCUACCUCAACCCCCUCAUUUCAAACCACUGCGCAACGUUGCGACACAUGUUACUGCCUGCCCGAUGGCCGCUGUCCAGCAGCACGAUAGCGCGUCUCGUGCACGCCUCGCCCCGGCUGGAACAGUUUGCGUUCGCAACCGAGUUUUCCAGCAUGGAAACCUUGGGGUUGGUCCUCCCAUUUCUACGGAACCUUGUCGCCCUCCGCCUUCUCGUACCGACCAACAACGGCAGCAAGUUGCAAUCCACCGGACUCGGCCCGUGCCAUAUGCCGAAGCCAUUGGCGAACGGUUCGAACGUGUUUACGUCGGCGCGGUCCUUCGCCGACAUCGUCGAAGCUGACGACGAGGUCCUCCUGGAGAAAUUGAGCGAAUCGCUCGCCGACCAGCAGGUCUUCAGCCGUCUGCAGCUUUUCGGUAUGGGACGAAAGGCAUUCCAGCUCGGCGAAUACUACACCAUCCCCGCCAACCAAGUCGAGCAGGAAUCUCAAGUCUGCCAAUGGCAAUCCCCCAGCACCGAAAUCACCAGGGAUGACAAGAGUCCAUCCAGUGCACCGCCCCAAGAGGACGACUCCCACGCCAACGGUGUUCUCACCCCUGCCGCCGGUCCUACCGCUCCUCCGUCCACGGCGCCCUCUACCGGCGGCAACACGCCGGUCCGAAUAGCCCCUUCAAUUCUGGGCAAACGCACGCGAGACGACCUCAUCGUAAGCAAUAAAGUCGACACCAAAGAAUCCAUCGCUUCAUCUGGCUAUACAUACAACCCCUGUUUACCUGUUAUUUCCAACGGUCCUCGCAUCUGGCGUCGACGCGUCCGUCGAGUCGGCUGGGACGUUGUUAAAAAUUGGGAGAUUUGGGGAUUAGAUAAACAGGAAUUAUGA